CAGCUGUCACCUAACCUACAACGCAAUAAAUUUUGCGUUGAAUGAAUAUAUAUUUGCGUUUCGCAUAUCGCACGAUAUUAGACUAUAAAACCUUCUAGUCGUGGUGCGAUUGUGAAAUGGUUUACCGACGCAAAAAGCACCACAAAGAAAAUUUGCACCUGAAAAAAAGUCAUCGAACAAAAAGGAGAACGAAAGAUCUUGACGAGAUCGAUGAAGAUUUGAAAGAAGAGAAUGCUAAAAAAUUGAUUAAUCAGGAACUUGACUUUGACAAGCCAGGUGCUGCACAAAACUAUUGCAUUCAUUGCGCACGAUAUUUUGUUAACGAAAGAGCUUUACAAGAUCAUUUUACAACAAAAGUUCAUAAAAGACGAUUGAAAGCACUGGAGUUGGAACCAUACACAAUUGAAGAAUCAGAAAGAGCAGCAGGAAAAGGAAAUUUCAUAUUUGCUAAAAAGCGUAAAAUAGAAACAAUAGUAAGUGAGAAUGACAUAAAUGAGGAUGCUAAAAUUAUGAAAGUUGAUGAGGAUUAA